AUUUUGAUUUAUCUGCCUGGCUGCCGGCUGCUAAGCUGGUCGCCAUAUUAGUGGCGAGUUGGGAAAUAGUGUUUAAUUUUGUGAUUUCGUCGUUAUCGACGAAAGGGAGUAGAAAAUACUCCCUUUUUUGUGAGUAAAAGGCUUUCUGUGCAAAGUAACGUUGGGUUAUCAUUUUCGUUUAGAAAUAUAUCUUUUCUUUUUGAUUUGAUCUAUAAACAUGGCCUUUUAAAAUGUCGGCCCUGAACGUAAUUUCCUCGUCUCCUUGCGGAGUUUCCCGCGUAGCUUUUGUGGAUGUUGGAGGAUACCAGGAUGGACAAGAAAUCUCUGCAUCGUUCUUCUUUACAGCAGUCGAGGGCAUCUGCCGUCGACUGUAAAAAGAGUUCGGAAUUGACACACAAACCUUGGCCACGUAACAAUAAGAAACGAGAAACACCCGGAAACGUACCGAAAAAUGAAAAUUAUCGUAAAAAUAUACCAGCUCAAAGAGGAAGAGUCUCGGCAGACAAAAGGUUCCGUGCACAUGGUGCCAAUAACUUUGUUGUGGGUGGAACGCCGAACACCGGGUUAGAAAAUGAUCCAGAGCCAGAAUUAGGUUCACUUUUGAUGCCAGGAAGCAAAAAGCAAAAUUUGAAUCAUUUGCUGAACUUCAUGUAUUCCCCACGUGGAAGCAAUGAGCGGAGGGGGCCGCCUCCCCGCAGGCCCGUCCACAACAAGUAUUAUCAUCAUUUUGAACAUGAUCUCUACCUUAGAACUUAUUGUCAAUUUGUUGUGAAGCAAGGCGGUGAUUACAAAGAGAAUUUGACAAACCCUGACUUGCCUAUUAAAUGGGAGCAAAUUGAGGAAAUUGUAGUGAGAAGGGCAGGGAAAUGGCAAUGCCCCAUAUGUCUUGGGCACCCUGUGGCUGGCCGAGUUGGUAUUUGUGGCCAUGUCUAUUGCUGGGCCUGUAUCUUACACUACUCUGUCACUCAUGAGAAACAACCUCCACCAUGUCCAGUUUGCACUGUCACUUUACAAGUGGCUGAUAUGAAACCUACCAGAUUAGUUCAUUGGGAUACACCUCCAGAGGAGGUAACCAUGCGUCUUGUUCGACGUCUUCGUGGAUCAGCUAUAGUGGAAGUUGCACCACCUAGGGGCAUUAUUACUGAAAUAAAAGAAGCUUCCACUUUGCCUUUAGAAGAUCAGCCAGUGUCGCCUUUUGCUAGAAUAUUCUCAGCAAAUCAUUAUCAGGUUCUUGAUAUAUUGGAUAGAGACAAACAAGAGAUUGAAGCCCAAAUUCAAGCUGAAAUUGAUACAACUGAGGUAGUUUACUUGGAGCAAGCACUGGAAAUGCUUAAAAUAAAACGGGAAUAUAUCGAAUGCCAGUAUUUAAGACCAAUCGAAAAAGUUGUUGAAAAAGAUGACAAAGAUGAUGUUAUUGUUGAAAAACAUGAAGCAAAUGCUAAGAAGUAUGACUGGUUUGAUGUUGAUGAUGAAGAAGGAGCAGUUUGUCUCGAGGAAGAGUUGUCAGAAUUAGAUGUUAAUGAUGAAGCUGAACCUGAAGUUAAACCAGAUGCAAAGAAGUUUGGUUUCGACCUUAAUGACAAUCCAUUAGAAGAUUUGGAGGUGAGGGAUAGUCCACCCCCUGAAAUUGAACAAAAUAAUUUAACUGAAAUUGACAAGGAGAAUCAAGCAAGAUAUUUCUAUUUCUAUCAAGCCGAUGAUGGUCAGCAGGUAUUUCUGAACAGUUUGAAUGUGCGUAUGUUGAAUGCGUCUUGGGGAGCACUGGUUGCGGCACCAGAAAUCAUCAAGGGAAAAGUAUUGCAUCGUGAUACUGUAUCACUAGGAGAACAGACAAGAAAACAUAUGCCAUACACAGCUCACCUACCACUUCACUGCUCUUUUGAUGUUGUGGAAUUAGACUUGAAGCCCCCUUUCGUGACUGCAGCAGCUAUUGAAAAUUUUGCUGUUGAACUAGACCGUCGGGCGCGCAAUCGAGCUCGCCAAGAGCGCGAGGAGAGACGCCGAGAGAGAGCGUACCACCGUGCAAUGGAAGGGCCGCCAAAACCUGACUUCUCCUCAGAAAUACUCUUCCCGCCAACACGCUCGCCUUUCGGCAGCCCUCCUCUAAAUGAGCCCAGUGUGUUUGACCAACCAGGUCCGUCAGCAAGUACCUCGCAUGUGGAACAACAGCCUGUGCCGUCUACGAGUGGUUCAAGUGGACUUUCUUUUGCGAAGAUGGCUGGCACAAGUGGUACAUGGCGUGUCCGCAAAACGGCAGCACCGCCGGUACCACAGCCAAAGGAUGACGACGAAGAAGACGGUCACGUUCCUCGCUCUCUUAAUCUGAGUGAUGCUAUAGAAGCUGCCCUCCAAGCCAGUCCCUCCCCGUCCAACAAGAAAAACAAAAAGUCCAAACAAAAGCUAUUAUUUGCCACUGGCAUGAAUCGUUCACCAUGAUUGGAUUUCAAAAUAACCUUUAUUACACAUCUCUCCAAAAUAUACCUAAUAAUAUUAUGUAUACAAACUUUAAUAUUUCAUCUCUCUGUCUGUCAGCUAUCUCAUGUAAUUUUUCAUUGUCUAUAGAACAAUAUGAGCUGCAUUGCUCUGUAAAAAUAUCUCGUUGAGAGUUUGUCUACAUGUAAAAGUAAAAAAAUUGUGUGUUAUAAUGUAUAACAGUAUGUGAACAAAA